GUCAUCUCAGGCUGACGUCGGCGAAAUCAGUCCGACCGUGGCAGCGCUCCUCGCAGAAUGGAAGUAGUCGUUGAGGAAUAAAGUCGUUUGACUUAGCAGGAUUUUAAGACUUGGAGUCCUAUUUUUUUUAGAAGUUUCUUUUAUUUUAUUGUUUAAUUUUCGCCACAUUUAACCCCAGAGUGCAGGACAAGUGUUUUAAACGCCGCCAGUCUUCUCGAGAAAGCAGAGCAGUCGUUUCAUUUCCCCGUCCACCGUGGUUUCAUUGAUCGGAGCUCGCUCCAUACAGGCCAGACAGGUUGUCUAUAAUGAUAAUGAGUGCCUCGGAGGAGAAAAAAAGAAGCAGAUAAUGAAUGCGUCUGAGGUCAUCUCUCCAGAUCUGACGUAGAUUUAUUCAAGGUCACUCGUCUUGCAGUGCCCCCCCGUAUGGACGAUGAGGAAGACGAUGUGUUCGAGCCGGACCCCAACAAGUGGCGCACGACAGCCAGGAAGAUAAAGUGUGAAGACCGGGGCACGCAGACACCCGGUCCUGCCCUGGUACCAAACAACGGCAUGCUUCUCUGUGGACUUGCAGAGGAGCCCAGACCACUUUUCUACGGUAACGCAGGUUUUCGAUUGCACUUCCCAGCACGCUUUGAGCUUGCUGGGGAUCUUGAGGUGAGGCGGCACGACAGGGAAGCAGAGCGGCGCGGGAUGGAGCGGCUUCCCCGGCAGCAGCCUGUGGCACGCAGCACGGAGGCCUGCAUUGCACAGAAACUCCAGCUGAUAGGGGACCAGUUUCACCGGGAACGCCUACAACUGUAUCAUCGAAACCAAAGGAACCAGGGGCCGGUGUGGUGGCGCCUCGCCACGGCUCUCGUCAGCCUUCUAUUCGAUAGAGGCUUUAUUGCUGGAGCAGGGGGUGCAGGACAAAGGUAAGGGGGAUCCGCCCCCUUAUGUCCAAUGCCUUCAUCUCUGUUAGGAACUGGCCUCCUGUAGGCACUGUCAAAUGUAACACGGGUCUGUUUGAGGGAGAAAAAAAGAGGAGACAAUAAAGGUCGCCGCGGGACGGAGACAUCCAACUUUCUUUUUUUUUUUUUUUUACAAGGUCACGUGCGUUUCUUGCAAGAAGAUGCCAUAAUCCUCCCAAGAUUCCUCUAAAGGACAAUGUUAAUAUUUUGUCAUACAUGUGGUGUGCUGGUUUUGUACAGUUUAAUGUUCAAUUUUGCACUCUUAACAUAGACCCACGAUAAAUGACCUCUGCAGACCCUGGGGAUGCCUUAUUCAGUGUUUUCUAUAAGAAGGAAAAAUUGAGUAUUUUUUAAAACAAGCAAAGGUUUCAUGAAAAGAAAAUGAAAGAGUUUGUGCUUUUUUUUUUUAAUAUUUUUGUCCAGAAGUCUCUCAGUUGGAUCAGUUUAAUGGAUUUACUAGCUCCCAAAGACGCAGCGUCUCAGAACAUUGCAUUUUGCACCCCACCUCAGCGGUGUUCUUUUUUUCCCCUCAUCUUUUUGAUCAUUAACUUACCUUUUAUUACGCCUUCAUGAUUUUUUUUUAUAAUAAAUUGACUUUCCUGAUUAAUUUUAGACAAAACAACUGAAAUGACCUGCAGUUUAUGCACAUGAAAGAGUUGUCCCACUGUAAAAUAAUUUUAGGCAUCUACUAUAAGCUGCAUGCAAAAAUCAAAAAAGACCUUGUCAGAACCUUUCUUUGCAGGCAAACCCAUCAGUAACCAUCGGCAAACUUUAUAAAAACACACAAAGAAAGAAAAACCUUUAAAACCACUCAGCGGCAACAAUUUCAGUGGAUUCAAAUUGUAUAUUUGGUAAAAAAAAAUGCUUAACUACUUGAUUAAAACCUCAAUUUCUGUCACUUUGAUUUUAAUCCUAUGUUACUGUUUUCCUUUAAAGUAACAUUAGGACCCCGUUAUGUCUUAAUGCUCACAAAUAUAAGCAGAUAUGCAUUUGUCUAGAUAAUUUUACUGACAGACGAUUCAUAGUGUCGUAGUUGUAGCACACUAAAGGCAUAAUGAUAAAAACAAAUGGGUGCUUUUGCACUAAAUUCGAACAAAAGAUUAAAGCACACUGUUAAAAGGAGCAAUCCUCCCCAAAAUGAUCCGGUUUUGCCAACUCUAUUGUUUUUAUUUAGAUUCUGUUUUUUUACUUUGAAUUCUUAUUUCUAGUUUGAUAAUUUUUUGCCCCUCAGUGUCUAACAAAUAGUUUAGUUUUAGCUGCGUCAUCGUAUGUGAUUGCUUUCAGACCUCCAUGCCCUUUGAAGUGGAGCUGUGGAUCCACUGUUUUUGCACUAGACUUCCACCUUUGAAGAGUUCCGAUUGUUACCAAGUCAGCUUCUGUCUUGCAUGAAGGUUUUCAUUAGCGCAACAUUUCAGAUGUACUUGCAUGCACGUUUAAGGCGGCAACCGAUCAGUGUUGAGGCCUGACUGAGCACAGUCCGGAGUCUAAAGUGGAUGUCGGUUUUCUCCAUUUAUCUCUCCCGUUUCAGGCUCAAGUUGAGUUGGAGCUUCCUGCAAAGCAAUCUUUGCUUUUCCUCUUUUCUGAAAAAAAAUCCAAACUAAAUGAAAGAAUGACUGAGGAAAAAAACCUCAUCCCACUCAGGACAUCUUUGCCGGGUUUACUUCAUCAUAUGAUGUUGUUGGUGCUGAUUUUCAGAUUAGGAUCUAUAAUGCGAGCACAACCAACAAUGGGUCAGUAGACAGUUUCUGAAAUGAAAAAGUGAAAGAAAAAAGACUGUCAUUUUUCUAUGAAUAUGUUUCAAAACACUGUUAAAAAUGCUGUUCUUUUUUGUUUUUUUCUUGCCUAACCUCGGCCAUGGUUUGAAUCUAAGGAGCAGCACAUGUCAGGGGUCUGUGCUGUAACUAGUCCCUUCUUACAUGUGUCAAGUUUAUGACUGCACCAUUCUUUUUUGUUUUUCUCAAGACGUCUCAGGGACAGAUUUUGUUGGCUACUGGAAACCUUGAGAAUUAGUUACACAGUUACAGGAAUAGUAAUGUCAUGCUACCUAAUAGCAACCAAAAGUGAUAUAAAGUCAUUAUCAUUUACAAAUUCCGCCCCUCAGGCAAUCUGUCGUGAGUGACUGAGGAUUCUGAUUUGCUGGCUGUGGCGGUGACGGGGGCCUUCUGAGUAUGAGGCGUAUGAGGUGCACUGAAAGCGGUUGUGGUUAUAGUUUCCUGCGGAUCCUGAACGCUGAGCCAGUCUCUGUAGUGCCUCGUCCCUCCACCCCCAACCUCCUGAAUGGCGCCUGACCUCUUUGUGCUGCUCCUUCAUCACGUGUAUUUUCUUUGUAAUUUAUUUUUUUUUCUUUUAUUUAUUUUUACUUUUUAGAAAUAUUUACCCAUCUCUACUGUAUACGUGUGUGUGUGUGCAAUCACUGCUUAUUCUCUUCUUCCUGUUUUGGACUCAAACUUUGACCCUGUGCAGCAUGUUUGUCAUCACUGCGCCUCGUGUCACUUCCUGUGAUACUCUUAUUUUGGCAUCACUCCUCUUCCAUUGGGCACAGAAAAAAAACAGUGGGGGAAAAAACCUGCAAGUGUCAGUGACUGCUAACUAUUAGUAAUAAAACCUAAAACAUAAAGAAAGAAAACUUUAGGAGGCAUAUUUUCACAAUAAAAGGUUGCAAUUUUCCAUAUAAACCAUUCCAACAAAUUUAGAGCCGUUUUAUUAUCCCCCACCACACUGUAUGUGGUUUCAGACGAGCAGUAGUUUCAACAGGGCUCAGUCUGUCAACACAUCAUGACUAAUCCCUUACACUCAAUGAGUCAUUUCCCAUCCCAUAAUGAGAGUCGGGAUGGGAAAAAGUAUAAAGUGCGCCCGCUAAGGUUGCCAUCACUUGCCACAAGUCACAGGAUGUCAGUAUGGUUGUCGGUCCUUUUGUUAAAUGGUUGUGUUGUAAUCAAAUGCACUGGAAAGUACUUUGUUUCUUUAAAACUUUUAGGUCUCUUUCCUGUUGUGCGUUAAUGUAUAGUAUAUACUCUGGAUCGUUCUUUUGGGCUCAUCUGGCCGCAUGUCAGUCGUAUAUCUGUGCAUUUAGCAUGUAGGUUCAGGCCUGUUGAUUUAUUGAAAAGGGAAACAAGCCACCAUAGUGCCCUUUUUACAAAAAUGUUCUUAGUGGUGUUCUCAAUAUGCACAAAUGGAUGUGUAUUUUAUGGAAAUUAUCAGAGUGUUGCAUUUAAAAACUGUUUUUCCCUAAAUGGAAGUUGCUUUUCUUACAAAAAAUAGAAUUUGACUUUUUUUUGUUGUCAAUUUCUAAUUUUUAUUGACUUUCUUACUUUUUUUAGAUUGUAUUUUGUGAAGAGAAACUGUCUACUUUUAUGGACACUUCACAGUUGUAAAAUCUUGUUCUAUGAUCUUGCAGGAUCAUUUUUAAAACCAUGAGAUAGACAGCAAUUUGUUUAACUUGGAACAUUCCUAAUGUAUUCACAAGGUCAGGCAAACCCAAAUAAAACAUGAUUUGGUUAAUAUGUAGCCUUUUAAGUCCUGCAAUGUUUUUUUGUUUUGUUUUUUUACAUUUUCCUGUACAUUUUUUGCUUAAAACCCUUGAAUAUGCCUUUAACUGCUCAGUUUCAAUGAAGUCUUGAUUAUCACACACUCUCUGUUAUACCAAGAAAUGAGACCCAGCGAAAAUGUAGCAUUUUUGUAAACAUUGGCUGUGUGUUCUCAAGACUUUACUGUGCACUCAUUUUUGCGUGUUUAUAUAUAUAAAUAUAUAUAUUUUGGUUGUUGAUAUGAUAUGGAAGUAAAGAACAUUUGUUAUGUAGUGCAAUAUGCUGUACAUACAGAGCUUUGCUCUACAAAUCUUUUUUUUCUGGAUUUUCUUGUUGUUUAUUGGUACUUUUUUCAAUAAAACUUUAUUGAACAUGUCAA